UCAUAUGUUCACUGACACUGGGCGAAUUGAGCACUCACUGUUAUUUUUGAAACCCCAGUUCCCCCUUCUUUCUUUCUUUCUUUCUUUUUUUUUUUGUUUCGCAGGGAAAAACGGGACAAACUGCGGUGUGACAGAUGAUCUGUAUACUGCUGGUGGCCGGUCACGGCACCAUCCUGGAGACGCAAAUCAAGAACGAUGACACCGGCCUGUACAGCCACCUGAUCGGGGUCCCCAAGGCCCUGCUCCCUGGCAUUGGAGGGAAGAAGAUACUUGACUUUUGGUGGGAAACAGUCAACAUGCGCCAGCUGUUCACUGAAGUGUAUCUGGUCACCAAUGCAGACAAGUACAAGCACUAUGAGCGCUGGGCCACGGCCAACGACUUCCCGGUGGAAAACGUGGUGAACGACGGCAGCACGACGCUGGAGGACCGCCUCGGGGCCGUGGCCGACCUGGAGCUGGCCAUACGCAGUCACAAGCUGCAGGACGACAUCGUGGUGAUUGCAGGAGACAUGCUGUGUGCGGACCAGAACUUCGAUAUUGCUCAGGUUAUCCGCUUCUUCAGGUCAAAGCCUGGAGAGUUGAUCAUUCACUACGAGCUGGAGGAGAGUGAGAAGAGCAGCUCCAGGGGCAUCGUGGAGGUCUGCCCUGACACCAACAGGAUAACUCGCUUCUCCGAGAAACCCCAGUCCGGUCUGACAGCGUCCCGGCUGGCCAGCGUGGUGUUUUACUGCAUCCAGAGAGACACGCUGUCCUUCCUGUCCGACUUCCUCAACCUGCAGCCUCAAGCCACGGACAGGAGCUUCGGCCGAUUCUGGGAGUGGCUCAUCAAUGAGAAGCAGCUGGAUGUGUUUGGGAUGAAGUUGCCUACCGGCUUCCAGCUUAUUGGACAAGUGGGUCUGUCAGACUACACCAAGUGGCUCACCCACUACUCUUCCAAGCAGCAAGACAACGGUGCUAAACCAAUCACAUGCAGGUCGUAUGCCAGGGUUGGACUAAUGGGGAAUCCCUCAGACGGCUUCAAUGGGAAAACCAUCGCCAUGACUAUCUCCAACUUCUGGGCCGAGGUCACCCUAGUGGAAAGCCAGACUUUGGUUUUAGUCCCUCACCCCCUCAACGAUCCCACGGAGUUCGGGAGUUUGCAAGAUCUGUUUUGUAUUAGCAGGAAGGAAGGAUACCUGGGAGGUCUGCGGCUGCUGCAGGCUACCUGUAAGAAGUUCUACCAGUUCUGCUCCAAACAAGGCAUUGCUUUGACCAAACAGAAUUUCACGCUGAAGUACGACACCAACAUUCCUCGGCAGGUGGGCCUUGCUGGAAGCAGUGCCAUUGUCUCGGCUACCCUGAAGUGUCUCAUGGAAUUCUACAACAUCACAGACAAUGAUCUCCCUAAACCAGUCCGAGCCAACUUCAUCCUCAACGUGGAGACUGAUGAACUUUUCAUUACUGCUGGCCUGCAGGACAGAGUUGUUCAGGUCUAUGAAGGUUUAGUCUGUAUGGAUUUCAGCAAGAAGCUCAUGGAGGAGCAGGGCUAUGGGAAUUAUGUUUCUAUGGACAUGAGUAACCUUCCACUGUUCUGGCUGGCCUACCUGAGUGACCCCAGUGACUCUGGACGCAUCCACAGCAACAUCCGACAGCGCUGGCUCAGCGGGGAGCCUCAGGUCGUGGAGGCCAUGAACACUUUUGCUGAGCUAACGGAUCAGGCGAGGUCGGCUCUGCAGGACAGAGACUGGAGCCGUCUGGCACAACUGAUGGACCAGAACUUUGAGCUGAGGAGGUCCGUCUACACCGACGACUGUCUGGGUCCUGGGAAUCUCAAGAUGGUUCUGCUGGGGAAGCAGUUUGGCUCAGCAGUGAAGUUACCAGGCAGUGGGGGAGCCGUGGUUGGUCUCUGUCUUGACCAGGACAGACUGGUGGAGAUGAGGCGAGCUUUCCAGGAGGCCGGCUGUGUCUUCUGUGUCAUCACACCAUACAACCCAUCUGCCAGCACUGUCUGUGGCCAACACUGACCUCAGAUCGCCCCACCGCCUCAGUCGGGCUACCGUACUGGGGGGCCAACUCACGGGCCAUCCAUCAGGACACGGCACAGCAUGGCCCUCAAUGUGCCCAACAGAGGGCCACGCUGUGCCGUGGGGGUUUGUUAAAUAAAAGUGCCAUAAAAGAUGAAGAUAAGUUACAUGAAUUUAUCUGGAAGCCAUAAUAACAAUAAUAAUAAUAAUCAGCCUGACUCAGGAUCACCAGUCUUUUGUUAAAUUAGUGUGAUAAUUUACCAGAUUGACCAAACUGGAUGGUUUAAAAACAUACAUUGCGUAGCUAGAAAACCAGUGAAUGUGCAGGUUUCAGAUAUAUUUUCCAAUAUAUGUUGGGAUUUAAAAAUAAUUUUUUUUUGUAAUUAUUUAUUUUUCUGUGUGGUAUAAUUGUAUACCGAGUGCAAUCUGCGUAAACAAAUUAAAGCAAACGUAUUACCCUUUA